UAUUAAUCUAUAGCAUCUAAAAUGGAAUUGCCAGAUUUGUCUUGUGAGAAGUCUAUUUCUGUUCCUGGUAGACAUGGGACCUUUUAUGGAAGAUCCUCUAGCCCAACGCGGUCGUUUGCCAACAUGUCAAGGAAAGAUAUUGCAAUUGGAAGAAAUUCGGAAAUAUUUUUGGGAAGUAUAACUCGACCACCUCCUCUAAGCAUUUGAAAGAGAGGCUCUGAGGCUAAGACUGCAUGAAACUUAAGUUUAUUGGAUACAAGAUCGCCUGGUACAUGCUCUCAGAAUGAGGACACUCUAGAGCAGAAAUUGAAUAUCUUUAUUCAUCCAUAUAACCACUCUGUCACAGUUCGAAACCAUAUGACUUUUGAACAAAAAAGUAAAAAUGAUGUAAAAGCUUCAGAAGAAAGAGAUAUAGCAGAAAACAAGUGGAAAUUUUUAUAAAAGAUUUCAUUUUUCAACAAAACAAGGAGCAGUUCCGUGAGGUCUGCUAUAACGCCAACCACGAUAUAUACGAUAUAUACAAUGAAAAUGGGACUUGGAAAUAAACUUUUCAAGAUGAGUAAAGACAAGAAAGAUGAGAUUAAAAUCAAUAAUCUAGCACACAAGAAACGGAGGAAAUACAAGCUGACGACUCACAAAUAUUCGAAGGUGCAUAAAUCUUCUAGGAGGAAAUCUAUUGCUUCAAGGUUUAACUCCUCGAUGAACAUGAGCAGUCUCCAGCCAAGGUCAAGCUUACUGAAACCGAAGGAUUUCUGGCUGGACAACGCUCCUGAAAUAACCAUGAACUGUAUUAAGGAAGAGAAGGAAAAGGAGAAAUAUUCUGAAAAUUCCAAAAUCAAUACUCAAAAAGUGUUUAAAUAAAUUUACUGAAGUUCCCGGGAGGAAGACUAGUAAAGGCGACCAGAUCAAACUCAAGCUCAAGAAGGUAGUGAAGAAGAAGUUUUCGUUUAUUAAUCCAGAGAAGAUGAAGACUUUAGGCAUCAAAGUCAAGAAUUAUUCCAAGAAGCCUGAUUCCUCGAAAGAUGAUAAUAAGUCUCAUAUGAUUUCAACUUUUAUUAAAACUAAGGAUGAUAGCUGAAAGAAUUUUAAAACAGGCAAAUUCGAGAGGAUCCAGUGAAAACAGAUUGGUGAGAAGCGAAAGUCUCUAGAGAUGACUAGUACUUUUAAUAAAGAUAGGAUACGACACUCUAUAUCUCUUCAUAAAAGGCAUGGUCUCUUUUCACCACCUUGUGCACAGCAAAAGAGCCCAUGUUUUUCACCAAUAUUUUCUAAAAUGAUUUCAAAAAACUCUGGAAAUCAGAUUUUGCUUCAUCAACCCAGAGAUGAUUUGCCAAGAACCUCUGAUCAAAUUCCUCAUUUUUCGACUAUUAUCAAAACAAAUAUUAGAGAUUUCAAUGGUGACCAGGCAUUAUGUUCGAGGGGAAAAGACUCGCCGACAAAUGCCCAAAUCAAUGAAUUUAAGGAAAUCAGGAAGCUAUACAAUAAUCUUAACAGGAAUAUCAAGCAGAACAACCUUUUGCUAUGCAGAUACAGAGAAUUACGAAACCGAGGGUUUAGAAAUGGAAGGAAUCAUAGUAUAUCAUAAUAACUUCAAUAAUA